CACGGGCGCCCAAACAGCAGGGGGGGCCCGGCGGGUAAUGUUUUGUUUACGGGUAACUGGGACGUUUCCAGUCGCCGCUGCUCCACCAGGACCAUGCAGACCAGAUCUUCAUCCGCACAGGCUGCCACUAAGAAGAACGAGGAGCAGACUGACGACGACAAAGGGGUAAUUUCAACUUUAACACGAGCACAGCACGUUUUAGAGAUCAACCGAUAUCCACCAAGAACACUGUGCUCUCAUGGAUAUGCAAAGCUGCAGCAACAGCUCAGAGAUGCUCGCAAACAGCCGGGCCUCGGUGGUAGCACUGGGAAACCCAACAAAACCCAGCAGCUUAAGAAAGUCUUCAAGGAAUAUGGAGCAGUGGGAGUUUCCUUUCACAUCGGGAUCUCUCUCAUGUCUCUGGGAAUGUUCUACAUGCUAGUAUCCAGUGGGAUCGACAUGACUGCCAUAUUGUGCAAACUGGGCUUCAGCGAGGCGUUCGUUCAGUCCAAGAUGGCCGCCGGAACCAGCACAUUCGUCCUGGCCUACGCCAUUCACAAGCUCUUCGCUCCCGUUCGCAUCAGCAUCACUCUGGUGUCUGUGCCUCUAAUUGUGCGCUACUUCAGAAAGACUGGACUCUUCAAACCUCCCACACCUGCACCCUGAUGGCCCCUCCUCUGCUGCCUCAUUGAG